UCCGAUCACAGGCACCUCGUCAAGUGACGUAGUACUCGGUUAACUUGCCUGAGUUAAUGACAGUAAAUAAUUGUACUGAAGCCGUAUAAAAACAUAGAGAGUUAUAAAUUGUUGUGAAAACCGUAUGUGCUGCAUAUUCAUGUGCGGUAAGCAUAGUUCCCCGAACAUCAAACGAAGUAAACAUAGAAUAGAAGCGAACGUCAAUCUCUUAGCUCGUAGGGAAGGAAAGAAAGAAGUUGCUGUAAUGGCUGCCAUGUCAUGGAAAUGAAGGUGCCCAGUCAAAUUUACGCUCAAGUCGUCACUAUGGAGCCUAGAAAUAGAAUGGAGUAUAAAACCAGCAGUACUUUGAUGGGUCAUGACCGUCAUGACGAACAAUUAGGUAACAUGGCAGUCGGAGCGAACACGUCCUACAAGCCUCAAAGUAGCGACGGCGGCAAUGGUGACCAAAGGCCGCAAUAUUCAAUACCAGGCAUCCUGCAUUUCAUUCAGCACGAAUGGGCCCGUUUUGAACUCGAAAGAUCCCAAUGGGAAGUCGACAGAGCUGAAUUUCAGGCUCGAAUAGCCUUUCUACAGGGUGAAAGAAAGGGACAAGAAAAUUUAAAAAAUGACUUAGUACGACGGAUAAAAAUGUUGGAAUACGUACUAAAGCAAGAAAGGGCAAAAUAUCAUAAAUUAAAGUAUGGUACCGAUCUUGUGGUACAAGGAGACAUAAAGCCACCCAUUUACGACGAGGGAAGUACUUGCGGUGGGUCUGAUGGUGGUGGAGGAGAUGGUGAGGCUCCGUUUACUUCUGUUAGCAAUAUAAGCUGGAGGCAGGGCCGACAGCUUCUGAGACAGUACUUGCAAGAAAUUGGUUACACAGACACUAUUAUAGAUGUCCGGUCAAAUAGAGUUCGGUCACUUCUUGGAUUGAAUAAUAAUACAGACUCAGAUGAUCUGAAUACACCUGCACUAAAUGGCAAUGAGUCAAACAAGAGAGCUAUCGACAAUCAAGACCGACGUCCCCCUUUUAAAAAGCGAGAGGCACAUCCAACACCUCUAGCUGAAGCUAUGAUUCUUGAUACUGAAGCUGCUGUGAUGGCAAACUUCGAGUUUCUAGCUCAUACCGAUAUCGACAUGGAAGAAGAAGAGGGAGAUGUUGAAGAAGAAAUAUACGAAUCUAAUUCAGAUACGAAGCCAAACAAAACAUCCAUGAUACUUGGAGAAGAUGUGGAUGCUGAAGCAGAAGAAGUAUUGAAUGAACUUAACCAGCUGACAGAAUCUGAGGAAUCACAAGGCGAUACUACUGAUUGGAAUUCAACAGGUAUGGGGUUCCAACAAGAUGCAAGGCGCGCUCUAUGUCCUGAUGAAGAGGGCCUAGAUUCUUCAUUGGGUUUGGGUGAAUUAGCUCAAUUAACAGUGAACAAUGAUGCUGAAGUCGCAUAUGAUAUGGCUGCAACUACAGAAGAAGCAUUCAGAAGAACAUGGAGGGCAAAAUAUACACUUCGUUCACAUUUUGAUGGUGUAAGAGCUCUGGUCUUCCAUCCCACUGAUCCUGUACUUAUCACCGCUAGUGACGAUCAUACGCUUAAAUUGUGGAAUGUCUAUAAAACUGUUCCAGCAAAAAAAUCAGCAUCAUUAGACGUGGAACCUCUAUAUACAUUCAGAUCACAUACAGGACCCGUAUUAUGUCUUGCUAUGAGUAGUUCUGGCGAACAUUGCUACAGUGGUGGUUUAGAUGGCAAUAUACACUGCUGGGCACUUCCAUCGGCCAAUAUAGAUCCUUAUGAUUCAUAUGAUCCAAGCGUCCUUAGUGGAACACUGGCAGGGCAUACUGAUGCGGUAUGGGGAUUGAGCAUGUAUCAUCCACGAUCCCAACUACUCUCUGUUAGUGCCGAUGGAUCCGUAAAACUUUGGAGUCCACAGAGCAAAGUUCCUCUUUUAAACACGUAUACUUCUGAACAAGAUGGGAUCCCUACUUCAGUUGAUUUUAUCAGAGAUGAACCAAACAAGUUAGUAGUGGCUUAUGAAAGAGUAUGUGCAGUAUUCGACACAGAAACAGCAGCUAUAGUGGCACGACUUGAAGUAAAUGGAAUUAAGGGAGUGAACCGUGUUGUUGCACAUCCGACACUACCGUUAGUUGUAGCAGCGCAUGAAGACAGACAUCUUCGGUUUUAUGACCAUCGCUCAGCUACGUUGGCCUAUGCAAUGGUGGCCCAUUUAGGUGCUGUUACGAGUCUCGCUGUUGACCCCAAUGGCCUGUAUCUACUUUCAGGAAGUCACGAUUGCAGUAUACGGUUAUGGAACAUGGAUAACAAAGCUUGUGUUCAAGAUAUAACAGCACAUCGCAAGAAGUUUGAUGAAAGUAUCCUAGACGUAGCAUUUCAUCCUUCGCGACAGUUUAUCGCUAGUGCUGGGGCUGACGCUCUUGCAAAGGUGUAUGUCUGAAUUCAGAUGCAACUUUUAUCUUUAUAGCAGAACGGUUUUGUACUCAUGUUCUUUUUAAAUAGUUUUACCUGUAUGUACCACUUCCAAUUUUAUUUUAUUUUUUAUCAAACUACCCAAUGAGAACAGUAUAAAUGUAUCAAAAUGCAUAUUCCGAUACUCAUAUUAUAGGAAAUUAUUAUCCAUCACAUUUUAUUCAAAUAAUUUAAAAUAUAAACGCUAUUUGUUGGUAAUCGUCUUAACCCUUCAACAACGGAGGACGUUCGAACAUUGCUGAAUCCUGCCGUCAAAGCGUAAUAUACACACAUAUAGACAAUUUGAUUGUAAUUAAUAUUUUAAUACCAUGGUAGUCUAUUGAUCCAGAUCAGCUGCCACAAAUCGUAGUAUUGACGUACUGCAGAUCAUGAUUGUCAGACUUGAAACAAAAAAGGAGACCAAAAUCGAACUCCACACGUUAUUUUGUAAUUAUGAAAUAAUCAAGUUUUAUGUACUUUUCUUCGGACUGAUAAAUUAAAAAAUCAAUUUCUAUCUCAAAUUCCUGGGCUGGAACUUACGUUUGAUGAUGGUCCGUUGAAUUAGCGAAGAAAGCAAACUUGUAGUCAAUCAUAUUGCUCUGUGACCUUCAAUUUUACAAGAGAGCAGAUAGUAGCAGAUGUAAUUUGCCAGACGAUCAUACGUCAUGCGAGCUUGAAGGGUUGAGCGGAUUUGCAACGUACGGAAGGAAGGGGAUCCCCUGUGUAGAAUGUAAUUAAUUAAUUAUUAGACCUAAUGUUUAGUAAAACCCCUUCCGAAUCGUAAAUCCAGGGAGCGCACUGCCGCGGUAGCAUAAUAUUUAUCCUUAUGUUAACUAUUUAUUACUGAAAUCACAGUUACUGCUGCAUAGCUACUGAGGAUUAUUAUGAUAAUAUGAUAGUGUUGUCUCAAGCUCUGCUGAAAAUCUCUCGUUACAGUCUUGUGCUACCUUCUGUAUCAGUUGAGGUCAGCAUAUGGUAAUAAUAAUGCAUAAGUUAAUUAUAAUAUUAUAGUCAUAAUAUUAUUAAUAACAAUAAAUUAUAACUGUGUGUUUCACUGUAAUAUAUUGUAUUUAACCCAUUCGCAUCUGUAAGCGCGAGCUACAAUAAUAAAUCUGAAGGAUUAUUAUCAACAAGUGAACUCUCAGUUUUUCUGGCAGUCGUAUCAAAGUUUUCAACUUAUGGAGCUCUGUGAACUUUGAAGAACUUUCGUCAAACAGUGCAUACCGAAGUGACCAAAUAAAAUCUCAAAUAAAGUACAAAUGCGUCCUUGGUGAAAAACUAAUUGGGAAUGUAGGUGAACCAUUAUUGUAUCUUCUUGAAAAAGAAUUUAUUGUAACAGGUAAUAUAUCUAUAAUACGUCAA